AUGAUUCCCUGUUCUAGGUCAAGACCAGUAUCUUCUGAGGACUUGAGAGAGACUCCUCAACUUCAAAAGCCAUCCACCCCAGCUAGAUUCUAGAAGAGCAAGGAGGUCCUUAGCUCCCUGACACCAUCUGCCACCCUUAGCCAGAUGCCCAACUUCCAACGUGAGGCUCAGCCGUUUCCCGAGCUACACCUGGCCAAGGUGGAGAAACUGUUUGAGGAUGACGUAAGCUCAGCUGGAGUCCUGGGCAUGGAGGGUUUCACUAAGGCCAUGAAGAAGAACUUGAGUAAUGUGUCAAAUGAGAGGCUAGAGGUGCUGUCUUUGAAGGUGGACAUAGACUGUAAUGGCUUCAUCACCCGGGAGAGGAGGCCCCCCUGCCGCCUCAGGCAAUUGAACGAGGUGUAUUGUGUGAUGCGCGAGUUCCAGGGAAAGGAGUUGAUGAGCAAGAGCCAGUACCACCUGCGCUUCCACUGGCCCAUGCGGAUCAUCCCCCUGUAA